AUGAGGCCUGUCGAAACAGAGGGGCAAGACCAAGCUUCCUUAGGUUUAGAGGGGCCAAACAUUGUAUACUAUACGAAGCGUAAAGAAGAGGGUGACGCUACGAAAGAUAAGCCACUCUCUUCGAUAGAGGAGAUCAAAUACGACCCCUAUAUCGGUGAGGUAGCAACCAUAUCGCAGAUCGAAAUGGUUGUUAGUUCGAUUCAAGCAUUGAAUUAUUUCCCAGCGGACAUUAUUGCCAAAACGGAUACCAAUUUCCCACCUGAGCAGCGACAUUUGCAGCUUCGCACAAGCUCAAACCUACGCAAAACAUUACAAGCUCGUUCAAAAGCACAGACGGAAUGCCGGAAAUACCUUUUCGUGAAAGGUUUCGACGAAAUAGAAACGCCCAUUCUCUUCAAAUCGACUCCCGAGGGUGCCCGUGAAUUUCUGGUUCCCACCAGACAAAGGGGACUAGCUUAUGCCCUCCCACAAAGUCCUCAACAAUACAAGCAAAUUCUAAUGGCCAGCGGAAUCUCCAAGUAUUUCCAAUUUGCAAGAUGUUUCCGGGACGAAGACAUGAGAGCGGACCGGCAGCCAGAAUUCACGCAGCUCGAUAUCGAAAUGUCCUUCGCAUCUACGGACGAUGUCAUGAAGAUCACCGAGAGAAUCAUUCAAGUACUAUGGCAAACGUUCUUCAGUCAGACCAUAUUUGAGAACAAGAUCAAGACGCCCAAAGAGUACAAUAUGCGAGAUAUUCCCUAUCAUGCUCCUCUCUACUUUCCACAAAUUACAUACGACAGAGCUAUGACAUUGUGGGGCUCUGACAAGCCAGAUACGCGUAUCGGAUUUCACCUUCUUCAAGUAGAAGAUUUUUUGGACUCAACCUUAAAGUCCAAGUUAAGCCCCCUCAAAGAUCCUGUGAUUGACUUGUUGAAAGUCAGGGUUUCGAACCCUGAGAAAACUCGGCACUUUAUCAGCACCUUCCUGGACAAGCCGUCUAAUGCAGCGUAUCUAGACAACCCGCAUGGAGUUCCUGGCAUCUUCAUCUUCGAUCCUUCCAAGCCAAUGAACGGGCUUUCAGCAUUCGAACACGAUGCCGCUGAAACGAUUGUCGACCUGCUACAUCCUCAGAGAGGAGAUCUGCUAGUACUGCAAGCUAGGCCCGAUCAACCCUUUAUGGGCGAAGGUUUUACGAUGAUAGGAAACCUUCGUCGCGAUCUCCACGCGGCUCUGAUUUCGGAAGGCAUCAUUCGUAAGCCAUUCCGUGACGAGUUUCUCUGGGUCACAGAUUUCCCACUAUUCUCUCCCACAAACGAUAGCGAUCCAGGGCAGGGCGGUAAGGCAGGUAUCAAAUCAACCCACCAUCCAUUUACAGCUCCAAAAACGAUGUGGGACGUUGAUAGGCUGAACACAGACCCCCUGAGUUGCAAGGCUGACCAUUUCGAUCUUGUCAUCAACGGUGUCGAAAUUGGUGGUGGUAGUCGUCGUAUCCAUGACAGCAAGGUGCAAGAGAUGGUGUUAAGGGACAUCUUGAAGGUACCGGAAAACCAUGCAGAAGAGUUCCGGCCUCUGCUUGAGGCAUUGAGAGCAGGCUGUCCACCUCAUGCAGGGAUAGCUCUGGGGUUUGACAGACUCAUGGCGAUACUAAGGCAAAGCAGCAGCGUACGGGAUGUUAUUGCUUUCCCGAAAUCAGCAAAGGGGGAAGACAAAAUGGUUGGAGCGCCUUCGGCCAUUGAUGCGGAGAGGUGGGCAGAGUAUCACAUGGCCGUAAAGGGAGGCGAGGAAGGCGUCAAGCGGGAAACAGAGAAGGAUGAGCUGACUACCGGAUCAAAGGAGGCAGAUCAAGAGCUUCGGAGCGUUGCAGACCCGAAGCUGCAGACACCUGGUCCGGCUCAACCUGAUGAGAGCGACAUCACACCAAGCACUCCCUCCUGA